CUGUCAAAUGUAUAUUUCUCCGACAUCCGACCAAAACUAAACAAGAAUCCAACAAAUACCUUCCUUAAUUAUUUAUUUGCUUUAAAUUAAAAUAAAAGACAAAAAUAAAUUAUGAGAGAAGUUGACCAUCGGUCCUCGUCUCAUCGUUCGCGCCACAAAUCCAAAUCCAAGUCACGUGAACGACACCGAGAUAGAAAUAGUCACAGGGAUAGGGAUAGGGACCGGGAUAGAGACCGGGAUAGGGACAGGAAUAGAGAUCGAGACCGAGAUCGAGAUAGGGACUACUACUCGCGUCGGCGGAGACGUUCCUCUUCGCGGUCGCGUCCAUCAAAGUCAAGAAAAAAGAAAUCCAAAAAGAAGCGUUAUCGUAGCAGCAGCAGCAGCAGCAGUUCCUCCAGUAGCCGCAGUCGGUGCUCAAUAAAGUCAAGCAGUUCCAGCACACGAAAGACGACGGCAACGAUAACUCGGCCGCCAAGUUCCGACGAGAAUUCCAUGUCAGUCCAAUGUCCACCUCCGCCAAAAGACUUACACGUUCUAAGUAGUUUUCGUGACCGUGACGCACUUGCUAAGAUCGAAGAAGAUUCCUUUACGGCAACGCCAUUCGUCAGUUCGUUGUCGACCAAGAAGAUUUCCGAUAAAGUAAUAAUCGACCUGAAGAAUGACACGAUUAAGGUUGAGGACAAAGAAAAAGAAGAACCAGAACCACCGGAAUCGGCUAUUUUUCAUCCAGAUUUUAUUGGAGAUGAAAAAAAGAAAAUGGAAAAAUGGAUCAAGAAACUAUACAACUACCGGCAGAAGGCAUUUUCAGAAUAAACUAGAUAUUAUUUUACUUAAUAAAGCAAUUAGAAGAUAUCA